UCUGACAUUAGUGCUGUAUUGACAAGAGAAAAAUGAACGUCUUAUUUUUAACUUUCUGCAGAAUGAGAAUGUGGUCAUUUAACAAGUUGACGCCAAUCACCACAUCCUCUUUUGUCAGAUGUUGUGUUGAUUACGGCUGCGCUGAAAUCGGUUGAGGGAUGAGCAGAAGAGGAAUGCAGAAGAAAUAAUAAAAACUCCACUUUGUCCCUGACAGCCAACAGAGCCUCAUUAUAACACACCCCUUCUUACAUGUGUCUCUUGAGGUCAAUCUACUCCAGACAUAUUAAAUACACAUUCUCACUUGACACAGUCAAUGUAAAUCAAGAAAGUUAAAUAUUCAAAAUGACACAUACACGGACUCGACCUGACUCUGACGGGACAUGUCAUGACGGAUCAGACAGAUUGAAGUGUACUAUGACUACUUGUUGUGUCUUGUACGGUGAUCCACUAGCAAUGUAAGUUGAAAUUGAAAGUUAACUGUCAAUCUAGACAUGGCUACUGUUUGAAGGUGGUGGUUGUGGUGGUGGUGGGGUCAAUGAAAUAUAUUGCUAUUAAAUUCAGGACUUGAAUUAAAAUGAUUUGAUUGAAUUUCCAACUUGUGAUAGUAAAUAUUGCAUGCCUACAAGGAGUAUGCCUAUAUAAGGCAAAGUCAAGUGGACUUGACUAUGAUUGGUCUGACCUCUAGCACCUAUAAAACAAUGUUGUGGUUUGUCUGUACAGCAGCAAAGAACACUCAAACAGGCAACUGCUACACAAGCAGGAAACAACCCAAUCACCACCACACAUUUGAGACGAUGCUGGGAGUUGUGGGACAUUUGUUGUGUAAGACAAUUAUUUUGUUACUACAAUUAAUAACUUACGAGUCAAAUGUGUAAUUACCUGUUUGUUUCUAGGUCUCUUUAUAUGCUGUCUAGGAGCUGAUGGCUUGACUGAGACACUGGUGGAACUUGGACAGAAUACAAUCAUAAACUGUUCUCUUAACAUAGAAAGUGCAUACUGGUACAUACAGCACCAACCACAGCCUCCACUGGCCAUACUCCGCUCUUUCACUAGUAGUAGUCCUGCUGCUUUUUAUUACAAUAAUAAUUAUAGACAGAAAUAUUCAUUAGAAACAGGAAAUAGUUUGUUCAUACAGAAUGUAACAGUAGAUGAUUGUGGAGUGUUCUACUGUGCAAAGAAAGAAGACCAGAGUCUCCUAUUUAGCAACGGCACCAGACUCAUGACCACUGACUAUCCAAACCAGACCUCCAACUGCAGGUCAUCGUGGGAGAACUGUCUUCUGUCUAUUUACAGUGUUCUGAAUGUUAUUCUGAUCGUUAUGAUCCUGGUACAUAUCGUGGCCUUGGCAUGUCAGAACAGAAACUGUCUCAUAAAACUAAGACCACCUCAACAUGCAGAUCAGAGAAAUCAGUGACACAGAUCACAGCACCACCAAGAAGAUUCCAUCCCGAAUCAAUAAUUACAAUUGCAGUAUAGUGCAUGCUUCCACAACUUCAACUUCUGCAAUAGGUAUAUUCUUAGAAUCACUUCCUGUAGAAUGAUUCAAGUCAUGUGACAAUGUUACAGUGAACAAUGACUAAAAUACUCUUGUGAAUAUGCCUGUAUCCUAUCACCACUUUCUACCGCUAGUCAGUAAUGAAUAAAUACGUGUUUCUUUAUUUCCCCCUACUUUGACAUUUAUUUGUACUAAAAUACAUGCAUGAUGUAGGUCUACUGCAGUGUUUCCCAAACUUGGUACUCUGGACCCCAAAGGGUGCACGUUUUGGUUUUUGACCUAGCACUACACAGCUGAUUCAAAUAAUCAACUAAUUAUCAAUAUUUUAUCAUUUGAAUCAGCUGUGCAGUGUUAGGGCAAAAACCAAAACAUGCACCUGUCACGCCCUGACCUUAGAGAUCCUUUUUAUGUCUCUAUUUUUGUUUGGUCAGGGUGUGAGUUGGGGUGGGUAUUCUAUGUUCUAUUAUUUGUAUUUCUAUGUUUUGGCCAGGUAGGGUUCUCAAUCAGGGACAGCUGUCUAUCGUUGUCUCUGAUUGAGAACCAUACUUAGGUAGCCCAUUUUCCCACCUGUCUUUGUGGGAAGUUGACUUUGUUUAUGGCACAUAGCCUUUAGCUUCACGGUUUGUUUUGUAGUGUUUAUUGUUUUGUCGGUGUUAUUCACUUAAAUAAAGGAAUAUGUACGCUCACCACGCUGCACCUUGGUCUACUUCAUGCAACAGCCGUGACAGAACUUCCCACCACAACGGAACAAGCAGCGUGGUAAGGAGGAGCAGCGUGUUCAGGAUUCAUGGAAAUCCAGGACGGUAAGGGACCCUGGAGGCAGGCUGGGGAGUAUCGCCGUCCACGGGAGGAACUGGGGGCAGCAAAAGCAGAGCGGCAGCGUUACGAGGGAACACGGCUAGCAAGGAAGCCCGAGAGGCAGCCCCCCCCCCAAAAAAAAAUGGGGGGGGAACACGGGGAGUUUGGCUGAGUCAGGUUGAAGACCUGAGCCAACUCCCUGUGCUUACAGUGGAGAGCGUCGUACUGGUCAGGCACCGUGUUAUGCAGUGGAGCGCACGGUGUCUCCAGUACGCGUUCUUAGCCCGGUGCGCUACAUUGCAGCUCCCCACAUCUGCCGGGCUAGGGUGAGCAUCCAGCCAGGACGGGUUGUGCCAGCCCUGCUCUCCAGACCUCUAGUGUGCCUCGUCGGCCCAGUAUAUCCUGCGCCGGCUCUGCGCACUGUGUCUCCGGUACGUCUGCACAGCCCAGUGCAUCCUGUGCCAGCGCCCCGCAUUUGCAGGGUGUAGAUAACUACCCAGCCAGGGCGGGUUGUGCAGGCUCCAAGCUCGAGACCUCCUGUGUGCCUCCACGGCCCAGUGUAUCCGGUGCCUCUGCCAAGGACAGGGCCUCCUGUAUGUUUCUCCAGCCUGGUGAGUCCUGUGCCUGCACCCAGAACUAAUCCUCCUGUAUGUCUCCCCAGCCUGGUGAGCCCUGUGGCAGCUCCACGUACCAGACUGCCCAUACGUCUCCUCACUCCAGUGAUGAUCCAUGGCAAGAAGCCUCCAGUGAUGAUCCAUGGCAAGAAGCCUCCAGUGAUGAUCCAUGGCAAGAAGCCUCCAGUGAGGAUCCAUGGCACGAAGCCUCCAGUGAUGAUCCAUGGCAAGAAGCCUCCAGUGAUGAUCCAAGGCACGAAGCCUCCAGUGAGGCGUCAUGGCACGAAGCCUCCAACGAAGGCCCCCAGUCCGGAGCCUCCGGCGGCGGUCCCCAGUCCGUAGCCUCCGGUGACGGUCCCCAGUCCGGAGCCUCCGGCGACGGUCUCCAGUCCGGAGCCUCCGGCGACGGCCCCCAGUCCGGAGCCUCCGGCGACGGCCACCAGUCCGGAGCCACCGGCGACGGUCCCCAGUUCGGAGCCACCGGCGACGGUCCCCAGUUCGGAGCCUCCGGCGACGGUCCCCAGUUCGGAGCCUCCGGCGACGGUCCCCAGUCCGGAGCCUCCGGCGACGUUCUCCAGUCCGGAGCCUACGGCGCCCAGUCCGGGGCCCGCGGCGAGGGUCCCCAGUCCAGGGUCGGCAACGAGGGUCCCCGCACCAGAGGUGCCACCUAAGUGGGGUGAGCCAGUGGUGGAGCGAGGUCCGCGUCCCGCACCUGAGCCACCAGCGCGGAUAGAUGCCCACCCAGACCCUCCCCUAUAUGUUUAGGUUCUGCUGCCGGAGUCCGCACCUUUGGGGGGGGGUACUGUCACGCCCUGACCUUAGAGAUCCUUUUUAUUUCUCUAUUUUGUUUGGUCAGGGUGUGAGUUGGGGUGGGUAUUCUAUGUUCUAUUAUUUGUAUUUCUAUGUUUUGGCCCGGGUAGGGUUCUCAAUCAGGGACAGCUGUCUAUCGUUGUCUCUGAUUGAGAACCAUACUUAGGUAUCCCUUUUUCCCACCUGUCUUUGUGGGAAGUUGACUUUGUUUAUGGCACAUAGCCUUUAGCUUCACGGUUUGUUUUGUAGUGUUUAUUGUUUUGUCGGCGUUAUUCACUUAAAUAAAGGAAUAUGUACGCUCA